AGAUUGCUAUCAAAAUGAAUUUUAAUCAAUCAAUUAACAAAAAAAAUCGAAAGAAAACUGGACCAUGCUUUCUGUCGGAUUUGAAUGGAAAAUAAACAUUGUGCAAACUUACAUUCGUUCACCUCUGUGCUAUAGAUUACAUCUGCAUACUAAGAGUGCUUAUAGUAUCUUGAAACCAAAGUUUGUUCGAUAACAUUAAACUGUUUGCUGAAUAUACAGCUUAAUAGAUGAAAAGUAUUGUGUUUGUUUAUAGGGUAUGAUGUCGUGUUUUAGUGAUAAAGCGAGAUUUUCACAUUUUUGGAUUUUAAUUGCCUGCCAGAGAGUUAUAUGUUUUUAGGAUGCAAUAUAUUUAAGACAAGUCUUGUAAAGAAAUACGAUUCUGAUAAAAAAAAUAUAGGCAGUAUGCAAUAAAAAAACAAACAUUAUGGCAAGUGUGACACUGGACCGAAGAUUCUCUGUGCUCCCACCUAUCAAAAAAGAGGAAAGCAUGGAUGUUAAUAGUAACAUGAUGAACAAUGGCGAGAAUUAUCACAGAACGGAGAAUUCAGAGUCUGUGCGAAAACUAAGUCAAGAAAAUGGUAUUAGCAGAUCUGUUAAUUUGGACAUUCCCGAACAACCGUUCAGUUCCAUUCUCAAGAAGACAAGGCAAUUUCAGGAAUUUGAUAGUUUCGACAAAGAGGAAAACCUCCGGUUGGAAGAGGAAAUAAAAUUGCAUCAUCUGGAAAAGCUUAUGAACCGGUUCCACAAGCACAAGCCGGAAGCCAUUUUGCUGCAGGCGGGGACUGGGUUUUUCCCCGCCAAGACCCUUCCCCGCACCCCUGGCUGUAUGAACCUGGCUGAGUUUAAGCAGACCAUAUCAGACGUUCUUGUGACAGACGAAUAUGAUGACUAUUUGGAGAAACUGUUUAUGAAGCUGGACUCUUCUGGCAGCGGGUACGUAGACUGGAAUGAAUUCUGUACGUACCUGCUGCUCCUCUACAGAGAAAACGACUACAUGCGCACAAAAAGGGAAAUACCAUUCCUUGUUGAACCCAAAAUCAGGCACAUUGUUCAGAAUCGGCAAGAGCAGACCACCAAGAUUGUGGCUGUUGAUGGUCCCACCAGAUACGUCACCAUCAGCAGGGAAGGUGCUAUCAGUGUAUGGUAUCCCAGCAUGCAGUAUGACAAGUACUACAUCAUCAGCGAUGAUGAAGUGGACACGAGCCAAAAACGACGGUUUAAAAUGUGGGUCACAGACGCCAUCUACAUGCCCAACUGCCACAAAAUUGCCAUAGCGUCAACAUCUCGGGACAUUCGCUUCUUUGAUACCUCCACAGCCCAGUACUUUGAAGAGUGGCAUCUGUUUGCAUUGCCAGAUGUUCCCUACUGUUUUGACUACUACUACGAUAAGAGGAACCCAAAUUCAGAGUCGCUACUGAUAUUCGGCAAUGAUACAGGAGACAUCAACAUACUGCGUUUUUACAAGCCUGUAACACAGCUCUUCAAUGUUCCUUUCAAAAAUGAGGGUGGCGCUCAUAAAAUAUUUAUGCAGAAUCUUCACGAGCAUUCCAAGUACAUCGGUCAUACGGUCCUGCCCGCUGUCCAUCCAGAAUUGAUACGCCAGGUCCAGUUUGUACCAGACAAUGACAUGAUCAUAUCCUCAUGUGCCAGCCCUGUUAAAUCCAUCGUCAUUUCUGUCACCUCCCUCAAGAAAGUCUACGUGUUCAAAAUAGAUAAGGGAGUGGAGUGUUUUGACUUCAGUAAGAAGCUCAAUAUCUUGGUGACAGGAAGCUUGGAUCACAACAUCCGCCUCUGGAACCCCUAUGUGACCUUCAAGCCUAUGGCUGUCCUUGAAGGUCACGGCACAGGGGUCAUCGGCGUGAAAAUACACGAGGGUCUCAUGCAGGUGUUCAGCUACUCCAAGGAGGCGGUGGUGAAAGUCUGGGACAUAAAAGAACACGCGCUCCUGCAGACAGUCAUCCUGAAGUUCCCGAGCAGUAUUCAUGGGCGCAUGCCUGAGCACGGUCAAUUCCCAAUCCACCUGCAGCCCUCCCCCCAGAGUUCUCUGCUUGUCACCUGCAACGACUAUAUAGGCCUGCUGAAACUGGGUCGCACCAGUAUCCCUCAUAGCGACACCGUCAAUACUCAUGAUACGCAACUCUGCUGUGCCAUUUAUAACCCGAUGUUCAAACAGGUUGCAACAGGCUGUGACUCGUCUGUGAUUGCAUUAUGGGAUAUUGAGACAGGCAACAAGUCCGUUGUGCUCUCUAAUGCCCAUAUGGAGGAAGAAAUCACCUGCAUGACCUUUGACUCCUCCUACAGAAGACUGCUGUCUGGGGCACGAAAUGGAACCAUCAAGGUGUGGAACUUCCAGAACGGUCAUAACCUGCACAAGCUCGAGGCGGUGGCAGAGGCGGAGGUAACUGGUAUCAUGCCGCUACUAGACAAGAAGAUCAUCCUGGCCGUAGGAUGGAGCCGACAGAUCACCCUGUACGAGGAUUCAGACCCAGAUAGUAUGUAUGUACAUGCGCAACAGACAUGGAAGGGAGGCCAGCUCCAUAAAGACGACAUUCUAACGAUCGACUUCUGCCCUCCCAAUCUGCUGUGCACCGCAAGUUUUGACGGAGAAAUCAUCAUCUGGGAUGUGGAAACAGAGAAAGUGUUCAACCGCUUACGAAAAGGAGCAGCAUCAAAUCUCAAGAAAAAGAUUGAGGAUAUGUCGUCUGUAACAGAAAAGUCCACUGAAAGUGACCGACCAAAGUCUAUGAAUUCUCGACCGAAUUCAAGGCAUCAAAAAUCACACAAACUAGAGAAAGGAAGUCCUUCCCAAUGGCAAGCCAUGUUACACAAGGAUAGCCAAACAGCUCCAGUAGACAAAGUGCUAUUCUUGAAAGGUCGAGCCACAGGUCGCAAUAUGGAGGUGUCUUCAUUAGUCACCAGUGAGGGAGGAUAUAUUCGCUUUUGGUGCUUGUAUGGUGCACGCAAUGAAAUGGGUUACUUCUACGCUCCUGACCAACCAGACGAGAGCAUUCUGGGCAUGUGCACCAAUCAGAACAACAGCCUGCUGGUUACUGGGGAUACAACUGGGCACAUCAAGGUCUGGGACAUCCUGUCUUACUGCAUCAGGUUCCAGGACAAGGGGAGAAUCAAGUCCAAACCUCUGCUGGAGGCCCACUGGCGGGCACACGACUCCGCCAUUGUCAGUGUGGAGUUUGCUAAACACGACACUGGCGACUACAUCAUCUCCGCAUCCACCGAUAAAACAGCACGCCUCUGGACAUUGCGCGAGGGUCAGUACAUUGGAACAUUUGGACAGAAGCGUUCCUGGAAUCUGAAGGAGCCUACGACAUGGGCCCAUCCCAGGACUCCCUGGACGUUGAACGUGGACAGUUCCAAGAAAGACACAGACUCUUCCACCACAGUAUCUGACAGCAAGAGCCAGCUGACAGACGGGGCUGACCUUGACCUUCAACCUGAAGGGGACAAGCUCCAUGGCAACCAACCAGAAAAAACACGCAUCAAGUCACCUGACCUGGUGCUGCCACCUGUGGAGACAAAAACUGUGGAGACAACUGAUGAGAAACCUACUAAAACGUCCAAAAGAGAGCCUCGAGAAUUACGUCCGGUAGACAAGGAAAGUAGAUCAGAUGGCGACUUUAACCAACUGAGGGUGAAAUAUCGCUCUCAGACGUUUGCGUUCAAUUCAAUGCGACCCGAAAGGUCCCAGACAUUCCUGGGUAUACGGGUGGAGAAGGAGUUGCUACGGAAACAGAAGGACCGAAAGGAGCGGAGGGAGAACUUUGGUGACAUUACGCUGAAGAAGACCCAGCAGUACGGGAAACUGUGCUCCCCCUUUCAGGCCCUUUCUGUGCCGACCGUGGUUGAUAUAAAGAUACCAAAUAACAUGCCCCUGAGCUCGCGUAUGAUCAGCAAGGGUUACACAUCACAAAAUCUCACAGAGGACAUGGUCAUGAACAUGGACUUUAGCUAUGGUGGUCGGGACUCUCCCCAGGGUGGAGACCAGGUAGGGGAACCGGUGGCCCCUAAGAAGGUGGUGCCAGGCAGUAAGGCUGGGAGCCGAGAAAAGGAAUCAAGGUCGUCUAUGAGGUCAACACCAAGAGUGUUUGCUGCUCCAACUCUUAAGAAACACCACACUGUUGCCUAGUUACGUGAUCUGUAUUUAGAUAUGCUUGCUUUUACCUGAAAUGAACCUUGAUUUUAAAGUUACUGAUGUUUAAAUUACAUUAUGCAUAUAUAUAUUGAAAGUAUGUGAUAAAGAAUACAUAUCAUUUUCAAUACUGAAAUCAAGUUAACUUGAUAAGAGACCAUCGAACAAACUAGUAUAUAAAGGUUUUAUUAACUUGUUGUGUGCUAAAACAGCUCAUUAAAUAAAGUAAUUUUGUUUAUAUAUAUAUAUAUAUUGUCCACUGAAAGUCAGAGGUGGACAUCAAUACCAAUAUAUGUUAAUAAAAAAUGACUGCGUUCAUCCAUACCAAUAUAUGUGAAAAGAAAAGUGGCUGCCCCCACCCCAAUCUACUUUUGAUUGAAAUUGUAACCAUUGUGUCAAUGGCUUUUGUAUUCGAGUCUAAUUUUUUUUGUCUACCAACAAUUCGGUUUAAACAACACAUUUUUAUGUAGUGUUUAAAUUGAUUACACAUUUUUUUCAAUGUGAAAUUGUUUAAUAUGUGGUAGCAUAUUAAGUGCUCUGUGCUUGGAUGAAAAUGUAGAUUCUUGUGGUGAAAUUGUAAAUUGUUACUUUUGUCACCAAUAUGGUUACAACAUUAUAUUGAAUGCAUGGUGUCAGGUAUUUCGCAAAUUAUUAAAUUAUAAUGUGUUGUUUAUAAAAUAAAUAAGGGAAAAUAAGUGCACACAUUGCCUACUUGAUGUAUAACUUUAGACAUUGAUGCAAAUAUGUUAAGUGCUGUGAUACCGUAAUUGUUCUUGUUUUGCAAACUGUUGUGAAAUUAAAAUUGAAAUUAA